GUCCACACCAACAACUGGUUUUGCCUUUUUUCCAACUCUGCAGAUCAUACAAAGUUCACAGCCAGCCUCUUCCCCCACCACACCUCAUCACAAUGCCUCAUCGCCUCUGCUCUGUUGAGAUUAACAACAACUCUGGCUGCUACACUCUCGCCAACCCAAGGGUGUUCACUGAGAGCGGCUGCUGUGAGGUCCCUCUGCCACCGAUGGUGGGUCCCUACUCCCCUGCCAGCGCAUUGUUCAAAAAGAACACAGGCAGUGCGACCGGGGCUGUCGGCGUCUUCACCUAUGAUCUUUUCAACCCCAACCUCAACGACUACAACCACGUCAUGGCCGUCAUGUUCUCCGUGCCCUACGACCGAAACCUCUACUCCAACUGGUUUGCUGUGGGGAUCCUUGACAGAGGAAACAACUGUGACUACAAUCUUUAUGAUAUGAUGUAUAAUGGAAAUGAAAAUAAUUUUGUAAGAGCAAAGGCUGAUGGCUCCUGCAUUUCUUAUGAGGGUGAUUAUGCUAUUGUCAGUGCUUCCAUGUCAGACUCAGGUGAAGCAGUCCUGAGGGUGGAUAUCAGUGACACUGGCAUGUAUUAAGUCAGAAUAAGGAAGAUCUUACUUUUGUUAUGCAAGCCAUAUGAGAUGAUCAGUCAUUUUAAUAAAAUAUUUCAGUAUGUGUGAAGCUCAAUCAACUGACACAGUUCGUCACUAGCUGAAGUGGAGCUCAUUAAUCAAUAUACCUAAAAUAUGAGUACAUUAAAUAGUAGUUAUUUCAGUUGUGAUUUUAAAACGUUGAUGCCUAAUUACAAAUAAAAAACAAGACUUGUAUGUG